AUGAACGCGACGGCCCUCGUGCAUACCCUAUCGCUGGCGGCGGGGCAGGCGCGCUUCGGCCCCAAGUUCAAGAACUACGAGUACUUCACCGCGAAGCAUCUGGACAAGCGGUCCAUCGACGAGUGCACGCCGUACCACGACGGCGACGUCUUCCUCACGGCCCACGCGGCCUUUAGUCUCGAGUUCGAGCAGGCCCUGCAGGCUAUCGACCCGUCCCUGGCGUCGCCCUACUGGGACUACACGCUCGACGACGAGAAGUACGGCGAGGACUGGGCCGCGGAGUCGGCGAUCUUCUCAAAGAACAUGUUCGGCUCCUACGGCGCGUCGCGCACGUCCGAGGGCCACCGCAUCGGCGACGGGCCCCUCGUCGGCGCGCGCGUCGCGACGCAGGGCGCCAUGAACCGCAGUGACUGGCCCGAGUCGAACAGCUUCGGGCGGCUCACGGAGGCGUGGAACGCCGACGACACGAUGUUCGUCGGCCGCGCGGACACGAUCUGCGAGCUCGAGACGAAGGCACGAUUGCCGGGCUGCUCCAAGCUCGCGCUGGCCAUCGCGGCGUCGAACUCGACGGCGUACCCGGGCGCGUUCCUUCCCUCGUUCGAGAACGCGAUCGAGACGGGCUUCCACGCGGAGCUCCACGGCAUGCUCGGCGGCGCCUGGGGCUGCGAGAUGCGCGACGGCACGUCCCUGUCCAUGAAGGCCUUCGCGACCGCGCACCCGGAGACGCGGAAGAUCCUGGAGAUUCUGGGCGUCUACCUGAACCUGCUCUGGCGGUCCGUCUACAAGCGGGACCCGAACUGCGGCGCCUGCGACAUGGCCGUCACCUGCCCGGCGUCGGGGACCUGCAGUAGCGGCGACGGGUCCUGCCGGUGCUUCUCCGCGGCCUUCGAGGAAGCGUACGCGGCCGCGAAGGACGACGACGAGAAGCUGCUCAAGCUCGCCAACGAGGCGCUGCGCGUCGACGCCAUCAACAGCGCCAUGAAGAACGCCCAGGCCGCCGUGGGCCUCUGGCAGAACACGACGGGCAACGUCCAGUUCAUCGGCCCCGACGGCGCGCCGCUGAGCGCGGCCGCGAACAACGCGCUCAAGAUCUUCCUGGCCAAGCUCGUGCUCCACCCGGCCAAGGUCGCGCCCUACGCGACGCCGUUGGCGGCGUCCAACGACCCCCUCUUCUGGGUCACGCACAACGCCUGGGAGCGCGUCUGGCACUACGUCCAGCUCCACCCGUCGACGCAGUACGGCAACGCGCUCUACGCGGACUCCGCGGAGCGCCUCAAGCAGUACUGGGACGUGAACCACGCGGGCCUCGAGCCCUACCGCGUCUGCUGGGGGCGCUACUGGGACGCCAAGCUCCCCUUCUCCGACUUCCUCGGCGAGGGGAACCACGGCCAGGACUACACGAACGGCGAGCUCAUGCAGAUCUUCCAGCCGACGAACCCGGACCUGCCCUUCCGCGACAUGGCAAAGCGCGCUCCGGCCUACGAGCUCAUCCGCGGCCGCGACGACGCGCCGCCGCUGCCGAGCGCUCCGGCCUACGAGCUCAUCCGCGGCCGCGACGACGACGCGCCGCUGCCGAGCGCCGACGACGAUCCGCUGCCGAGCGCCGACGCGUUCUUCGCGACGGGCACGGACGACACGUGCUGCGAGGCCGGCGCCGCGUGCUGCUUCGACGUGUAUCGCUUUUGCUGCGUGCCGCGGCCCUGGUGCUGCCCGCGGCAGAACGCGUUCUGCUGGCUGCUCUACAACGGCUGCGCGGGCGCGAGCGCGCGCGACGGCUUCAUCUGGCCGGUCGGCUGCCCCUGCGGCCUCUGCACGUGCUGCUUCCCGCUGAAGAUCUUCGACGUCGCGUGCUGCUGCUGCCGCACGCCCCAGGAGCGCUGCGACAGCUUCCGCUACGUCGGCCAGCGCGUGCUCCACAGCGGCAUCGCCGAGAUCCCGGCGCUCUACCCGUUCCCGCCGGCCGCGAGCGAGCGCGAGGCCUACGACGGCCGCGCGGGGCCCUGGUACGGCGCGCACCCGAACCGCUUCGUGUCGUUCCUCGAGGCGCUGGGCGACUUUUUGACGUCGUGCGCGUGCCUCGCGCCGCUCUGCGCGCGGUUCAACGCCGCGACGGUCGCGCCGACGACGACGUGGCGGCCCGCGAACCGCCACGUGGGCCGCCACGACCGCCAGAUGAACGACAACAAGAACUUUGGGGGCGUCUGGAUCUACCCGAGCCGCUACGGCGGCGCCAUGCCGACGCCGCCGGGCGCGCGGGACGCCCGCGGCGAGCCGUUGCCGACGAACUGCGCGCCCGGCGACGUCGGGAGCCGCGUCAUCUUCUGGGCGCACGGCUCGGCCUUCGCCGUGACGCAGGCCAAGGACUUUCUGUGGCUCUUCGGGCAGAUGCUCGCGGAGCAGACGGGGCAAGUAGUACUCCUCGGCGAGUACGGCCUGACGUCGUCGACGGUCGCGCCCGCGCAGCUCGAGGGCUGGAGCCGGACCUACGCGGCGCUCUGCGAGUUCUACGGCGCGGCGAACGUCGUCGUCGCCGGCGACUCCGCGGGCGGCAACCUGGCCCUGGCGACGGUGCUGCGCGACGGCGCGGCGGCGCCGGGCGCGCUCGCGCUCCUGUCGCCCUGGGUCGACCUCCGCGACGGAGCCGUCGACGCGCCGUCGGUGGCGGCGAACGCGCCGGAGCGGGGGGCGCUGCCGCGCUACGGCCGCGCGGACUACCUGCCGCCCCAGGGCGUGCUCGCGACGGCGGCGUCGUACGCGAACGAGGCCGACCGGUCGACGGCGCUCGUGUCGCCGGGCGUCGCGUCCGCCGCCGACCUCGCGCCGCUCGCGGGCACGCGCGCCUUCGUGACCUGGGGCACCGACGAGGUCUUGCGGGACCAGCAGGCGGCCGUCGCGGCGAAGCUCGCGGCCGCGGGGCUCGACGUCGCGACCUACGUCGCGGCGGCCAUGCCCCACGACGCGGCCGUGGCCGCCGCGGGCCUCAUCUACGCGACGGGCCUCGGCUUCGCGGGUCUCGGCGACUACGGCGCCUUCGAGCCCACGCGCGUCUGGGCCGAGUUCCUCGGCUGGCUCGCGACGGUGCCGGGCUGGGAGGCGACGCGCGUCCCGCCGCGGUGGGUCGCCAAGGGGAAGUGA